AUGUGUAAAAAGAGUCAGUUACGAAACUACGACCAAGAGGCUAACACCUCAAAACAUUCAACUAUUGAAGAAUUUGGGCCUGAAAGUAAUCGAGAAGGAACAAAGAAGAAGAUAACAAGAAAAAUGGAAGAUGAAGAUGUGUUAAAUAUUGCAAAUCCAAUUGUCUACAAUGAAUCUAUUGCUCACUAUGAGAUUCAUGCUCAUCUACCAUAUGCCUCAGCAACAUUUAAUAACAGUGAUGAAAUAAGAAUAGCUGUACAAAAUCAGGAUCAUUGUGUGUUGCCAAGCAAAAGUUGUUUGCAUAUUCAAGGAAAAUUAGUAAAAGAAAACGGAUUACCAGUUAUACAUACUAGAUUUGUCAACAAUGCCAUCUGUCAUCUGUUUGAAGAAGCUCGUUAUGAACUUAACGCUAUCGAAAUUGAUAAAACUAAAAAUGUUGGUCUUACAACUCUCAUGGAAAAUUACGUUUCAGUCUAUGGAGUUCAAAGUAAAUUUUUAGAAAACGCUGGUUGGUUUUCGACUUGUAACGCAAAUACUGUUCUUGUUAAUAACCUUGGAAAUUUUGAUAUUUCAAUACCAUUUAAUAUUCUAUUUGGCUUUGCUGAGGACUACCAAAAAAUUAUUGUUAAUGCAAGGCAUGAAUUAAUUUUAACCAGAGCAAGAAUUGAUGUGAAUGCGAUUCUGCAGACAGGUGAAGAACAAAUUAGAGCAGCCAAUCAUGUCGGGACAGUUAAAACAUCAACACAGUUGGAAAAACCUCGUUUCAUAAUUUUAGGUUUUCAGACAAAUCGAAAAAAUGUUAAUAAUAGAAAUGCUAGUCAUUUUGAUCAUUGUCAAAUUACAAAUGUUAAAUUAUUUUUAAACAACCAAAGUUAUCCAUAUGGAAAUUUGAAUUUAGAUUUUGAUAAACGACACUAUGCAAUUCCUUAUGAUAUCUAUACCAAUUUCCAAGCGAGCUAUUACAAUAAGGAACAGCAACCAUAUUUGUCAAAAAAUGAGUUUCUUGAAUAUGCUCCACUUAUAGUAAUUGAUUGUUCAAGACAAAAUGAGUCAAUAAAAUACGGCCCUGUUGACAUUCGUCUUGAAUUUGAAGCAAAGGAAAAUUUACCUGACCAAACAGCAGCUUAUUGUCUUAUUUUACAUGAUAGAAUUGUUGAGUACAGACCAAUUAGUGGUGAGGUUAAAGAAAUUGUUUGA